CCGGUUCAAUGUCAAUGGAAUUUGAACUCUGUUGGACCAACCCACGGGUCUUAUAGUCGUCGUCGUCGUCGUGGUGGGAGUCGUUGAACCAACCCUCCACUCCCCACUCCGCUUCUUGCGGCCGUCGCCAUGAGUUCCUCCUCCGGCGAUCCUAAGCCCGUCGUUACCGGAUACCCCGCUCCCCUUGCCGCCGCCGCCGCCUACCCUUACCCCGCUCCGCCGCCCCCCUCCUACUACUCCAACAUCGCUCCUCCCCCGCCCCAGCCGCAGUACUACCCCCGACCCUACGCUGCCGCCGCUGUCGCCGCACCCGCCUACAACCCUCUGUUCCUUCGCCGCCUCCUCUCCUUCUUCGUCGCCCUCUUUCUCCUCGUCGGCCUGGCCGUCUUCAUCGUAUGGCUCGUCCUCCGCCCCCGCCUUCCCGAGAUCGGGGUCACUUCCGUCGCCGUCUCCGGCUUCAACCUAUCGGCUUCCGAGCAGCAGCUCUCCGCCGACUUCGACCUCAACCUCGCUGUCCAUAACCCCAACAGAAAAAUGGGGAUCUACUAUGACCACGUCACCGCCGCCGUCCUCUAUGGCACCGAGACCAUAUCGGAAGCCUCGCUGGCACCUUUCUAUCAGGAGAAGGGAAACACCAUCGCCGUCCGGGCUCGGUUCGUGGCGGUCGGUGAGUACGUGGAUCCCGAUGCGGUGAAAGGGAUCCGUUCGGACCAGAGCCGGGGUGAUGGGGCGGUGGGCUUUCAGGUUACGGUUUUGGCCUGGGUGAGAUUUAGAUCUGGGGCAUGGCGAACGAGGUGGCACACCAUGAGGGUAUACUGUGAUGAUGUCCCGAUCGGGUUGAAAAAUGGGACAACUUCAUCGGCCUCAGGGUACUUGGUCGGAUCGACACCGAAGAAAUGCGUGGCUAAUCUCUGAAUGGUAGUAGAAUGAACAAUGAUUUCGGGAACGGUGGAACUGAUGAAAAUCAAUGGACAUGUUUGAGCCUUCUGCAGCAAAAAAUAUACGGGAGCAAAAUUUUUAAGAUGGGAUAUAAGGUGGUAUGCAUCUGUGGCUGUUUAACCCUAGAAUUUACUAAAGGUAAUCAAUAUGUGCUCUUUCCAGUAAAUGUAAUUUUGGCUCUCUCUGUGGUAUAGAAAUAUGCAAGUAACAGCCAGAUAAAUAAUGUAUUGUUGUCUUUUGGAGUUCAGAAUAGUAGACAUUCCUGGUACAGUCUGCAGUAUUUGCCAGUCUGGCAUGGGAUGGUACUUGGUAUCAAGUAUUAAACCGCUCAAUAUAUAUGUUGAGAACAAUGAUUUUCUUUGCAAUUUUCCAUCAGGUUAUUCUAUUAGUAACUUUAUUAGGCUUAAAAAAGGACGGACCUAGUGCACAAGGCUCGCUCCUGCUAAUGUUGAAGCCGGGGAGGAUUAAUAUACACAGUCUUAACUUUAAGUAUUCAAAGAGAUUGUUUUCGUGACUCGAAUCCUAGUCUCUCAGCUUAGUGACUUUAUUAGGCUCCAUUACCGAAAUGUAUCAUAUUGGUUGAACGGAAGGAAGAAACAUGGUACAAAGUACUUCAAUUCUUAGCUUAGAUCAGUAAUGGCUGUCUCAGUACAGCUUAACUUCUUGCAUCUUUCCUUUUCUUUUAGUAUUAGCUUCUCACUGCCAUGUUGUUUACUUGAAUUUUCGUAAUGGUUAAACCAUUGGAUAGAGUUUCGAGAACCAUCUUUGUACAGCUUGAUUUGGGUCUUUCUGCCAUAGCAGUAUUGGCUUCUCUGGCUAUGUUUGAAACUUGAGGCCCUCACGAAAGGACGCUUGUGAUGACAGUAGUUAUGAUUCCUAGAUUCAAACGCUUUACUUAAAAGUUAAUUAUGUCGAUGAUGACAGUAGUGUGCAGUUGAGAUACAACUGUUAUAUUAUCUAGUUGGUAGGUUGUGCACUGUUUGUUUCGUUUCUGCUGAGUUAUUGUAUGUGGGAGGCAUCUGACCACCUUCAUUCAUCACUAGGGCAUGUGAUGUGUUGUGUUGGUUGUGUACCACUGAGUUGACAGUACCAUUUGACUAUAGGGUAAAAUUUUGGUCAUAGGUGCUAUCGUGUGUCACUUUCCUGGAAUAUCAUGAUUAUGAAUAUUAGGAGAAGGAAGUUUCUUAGACAUGAACGUUUAGCUUGGAAGCAUGGUAUGGACAUUGGCUGAUGUGCCUAUC